AUGGUGUUUGUGUUCUCCAACUGGUUCAUGGUGUCGCUGCUCUGCACCUACACCGCAAGGCGACGCUGGCAGGAGAGUAAGACCUACCGUGGCACUCUCCGCCACAUCGCCUGGAUCAGUAGCAAGCUGAGCCACCCUAGCCGUGUCACCCUCAAGCAGUUCUCCGUGCUGAGGGUUAGCUGGCUCUCCAUGACUCUGCCCACCACGUCUCUACCAAGGCAAGCAAAGAGGUCGAUAAUGGAACGCUUCCGGUCGGCGGCAUACGGCCGCGAUGGUUUCCCGGCCCCCCUUAGCAACGGAAAAUACGUACUAUGCUCCAUGCAACGGUACUCACACUUGUCAUGGUUCUGCGACACUAAAAGUGUCGCAGAGGUCAUCAUCACCUGGCACAUUGCCACCAGCCUCUUGGAGGCGACGUAUCCAGGACUUCCCAGAGGAGGGACCUCGCCGACGGACCACCAUAGGACAGUGGAGACAAAAUUGUCCAAGUAUUGUUCUUACCUUGUGGUCUUCCACCCGGAGCUGCUACCGGAUGACCGGGAAUGCACAGAGCGCGUGUACGAGGACAUGAAGACCGGUCUCAAGGAGGCGCUCGGGAGUCGUUGGAACUACUACCUAGGGUCAGAGGACGCGCGGUACAUGAAGAUGAUGGCGACGAACCAGGAUAAGCUGGGCUCCGACUGCUGGGACAACACCAUGACUAUGGUCCAGAAGGGGAUAGUGCUUGGAAACGUGUUACAGGGAGAGGCCAAUGGAGACUAUGGGGCCGUUUGGAAUCUGCUUGCCGACCUUUGGGUUGAGCUGAUUGUGUGUGUUGCCCCAUCAAGCGGUGACGAGCACGUGAAACGGCACGAGGAGGCGCUAGUGCUAGGUGGCGAGCUCAUCACCUUGCUCUGGGCCUUGGCCACGCACACUGGUGUAACCCGCCCACCGUCAACAUCGUCCGUUGCCACGCCGGUCGGCGAGGAUGUUGAAGAGGGAGUACGUCCUUGUGCAUAG